AAGAAAGAACUGACACUUCCUAAUCGACGAUCUGUCUACGCUACUCCAUGUAACGUGGAUGGAUAGCCUCUGCUCGACUUGUUAAAAAUGGCGACCUAACAUAGUUUUGCUUCAACUUAGCCGCCUCUGCAAAAAUAAAGUACGCAUAAUGCACUAACGUUCACGUUACACCUUUUCAUAAAAAUUGAUGAUCACUGUUUCUUUUGCUUGCGCAGCCGAUCAUGAACUGAAGCUCGCCUGGAUGCGAAACGGCCAGCCAAUCGGCUCGUCGGUAGCUACUGUAACGACGACGCCUAGUGGUGGCCGGGAGAGCCACCUCGACCUUGGGCCUCUAUUCCGCGAAGAUCUGUUCUCGAACAUCAGUUGCGUGGCAACCAGUGACGUCACUCUGCCGAUAGAAAGCUCGGUGCUUGUCGACAUGUUCCUGCCGCCUGCCGAAGUAUCCGUAUGGAGCUGGCCUCACGACAACGCGGAUGCCUCCGGCUGGGUUAUGGUCGCCCCUUCGGAAACCAGGACUAAGUCUUCGGCUGUGGCUUCGACAUCGGCUCGCGAUGCUAAGGACGGCAGCUCGGACGUAGUCUCCGACGGAGCCAUCCAAUCAGCAAACGCCGACUCGUCUUCGGCCGCCAAAUUCCCCUCGCCGCGCAGCUUCGAGUGCGAGGCAACCGGAAGUCGGCCGCCGGCGAACAUCACGUGGUUCCUGGACGGAAUGCCAUUGGACGAACGCCUGAGCCACACUCGAGUCGAUGGCAACGUCACGGCAAGCGUGCUUCUCCUGUCGCCUUCCGAGCACGCGGGAAAGCUUCUCGAGUGUCGUGCGAGCAAUGACAACUUGGGGGAGCAUCGAGGUGUGGUCAGUCGCUACCUGGCCGUGAAUGUCUCAAACAAGCCGGAAGUGAGCAUCAAGCUAGGCACUGGUCUCAACGCGAGUCACAUCACGGAGGGAGCGGACGUCUACAUGGAGUGCUCCGUCCUGCUCGCUUCGAGAAUCACCGACGUCACGUGGAGUCGCGACGGUCGAGAGCUGGACGCUGACUUGUCCCGGGGCACGGUGAUCACUUCGCGCUACUUGGUGAUCCGCCGGGUGACUUCCGGUCACGGCGGAAGCUACACGUGCCGAGUGACCAACACCCAGGGCGACACCGUCGAGAGCGCGCCGCUUCUCAUCCGCGUAAGAUACUCUCCCAGGUGCGUUUCCGAGGGAAACCUCGUCCUGAGCGUCGAGAGAGACGCGGCCGUGAACCUGACCUGCCACGUGCGAGCUGAUCCAAGCGACGGCCUACGCUAUUUCUGGCUCGCUGAGAACGGCACGCACGGCAAGGAAGCCGCGCGGGAAAGCCAGCCUAAUAGGCGCCGCCAGCAACUGCUCUUGCCACUUGUGACGGAUUCGAACCUCCUGGAGAUCAUCGCGAACGCUUCGAUCUUCCAUGCGGCGUUCGCAUGCUGGGCAGAGAACGCCGUGGGAACGCAGGAGAGACGCUGUCGCUUCAGAUUUGUACACAAGGGCGUGAACAGACCAACCCUGGCGUGCAGUGUGGGCAAAUACACCGACAGUUCUUUCACCCUGACCUGCUUCACGCCUUUCGUCAACGUCACCACGACGUCAUCAGCCAAACUGAGACAGCAACAGAGAUUACGAGUACAGGUGUUCGACGCCAGGAGGGGCAACCGAUCCGAGCGCAGCUUCUGGAGCACGGACCUGGGCCCGAUUCUUGUCAACCGACUCCGCUCUGCCACCGAAUACUUGGUCGUUGUUCAAAUGCCUCCCGAAGCGAGGUUCCAGGCUUAUGUGCGCACCCUGGGUCCGGCACAAACUCUUAUUGGCCAAGGAGAUUUCCAGCGGAAUACUCGUGGUGGACGCUGGACGCUUGCCCUGAGCGUCGUCGUGUUGGCAUGCAGCCUGGCUGUGACUCUGACGGCACUGCUAGCAAUCUACUGCGCACACGUACGCAAGAAGAGGUCGAAGAAGCGACGGAAGCCCCCGGACAAGGACUGCAAGAGCGACAGCAGUUCAACGAGCCGCGAAGACGUCGCCUCCGUGCAUAUUCGAGACCACAAGGCGUACCUCACCGCGACGGAUAGCUGCUGACAGCGCAGACUGCACGGGUGGUAUGCCCGGGCUUGGACCGGCAGUCAUCGAUAGCACUCCCAAAAAGGUUUUGUCACGUGUAACGUCCUUUGGUGGCGUGAGGAGCGGACAAUGAAACGCGUAUUUUGCGGAAACCAACUUGUUUUAAAAACGGCGAGCCGGGGCCCAUGUUACGAACAAUGUACAACAGGCAAAGGGACCAUUCAUAAGCAGCUGUCUCCUUCAUGUAGUCACACUGUUUGUAGCGGUGAAAACACCAGCAGCCACAGCCUCAAAUAAA